AUGCAUAUGCGCAAUCUCUCCGUUGCUUUGCUUUCAGGCUUCGUUGCUUCUGGCGCUUAUUACGCGUUUCGAGGAAAGACCGGACUGGCAGAGUCCGCUUCAGGUGACGCAUCGAUACACACGACCUCGCAGGCAGAAGCGACGAGGAAAGCCUUGUUUAUCGAGCACGGACAGUUAUAUUCCGGGCAACUGGUUGGAGACGGCCCUUUGUCUAAAGAUACGGACGACGCAGGGCGGAAGGUUUUAGAGAUGAUGACCCCCGAGCAAGCAACGCAGAGGCUGCGAAAGAACGAACAGUCCUGGCUUGUGGGCAGAGGCAAGGGCGUGGUGCGAUAUGACGUGGUUCAAAUACCGAGCAACGAUCCCAUCGAAGACGACCAUGCAGAGAAGAUUGUGGAGGUGCCAUCGAAGGACACUGACCCCAUGGGUGGCAGUGAUUGGAUGUUUUGGGGUGUAUUCGACGGUCACAGCGGUUGGACCACUUCAGCCAAGCUCCGUGAGACGCUCAUCUCGUACGUAGCCCGGGAGCUGAACGACACAUAUACAUCACCUCAAAAGUCCGGUCCCGCUCAGUAUCCAGCCCUACCGACCCCCGAGGCGAUCGAUGCGGCGAUUAAGAAAGGCUUUCUUCGUCUCGACAAUGAGAUCGUCCAUAAAUCAGUGAGUAAAGUGCUAGAGGCCAAGUCGAAACGCGCCGCUGCGGAACUCCUCGCUCCCGCCCUUUCGGGGUCUUGCGCGCUACUUUCGUUCUAUGAUAGCCAGAGCAAGCUUUUACGCGUUGCAUGCACUGGCGACUCACGCGCCAUCAUAGGGCGCCGUGGUUCGAAUGGGAAGUGGACUGCAACGCCUCUAUCGGUGGAUCAAACCGGCGGUACGCCCGAGGAGGCUGCGCGACUGCGGCGAGAGCAUCCAGGGGAACCCCACGUUGUAUCUGCAGGCCGAGUCUUAGGCGGACUGGAGCCGAGCCGAGCUUUCGGCGAUGCUUCCUACAAGUGGAGUCUGGAGACCCAAAAAAAGAUGAAGCAAAAUUACUUUGGUAGGGCGGGGAACAAGCUGCUCAAGACGCCACCAUACGUGACGGCCGAGCCAGUCGUCACCACCACGAAAGUCGAGCCUGGGAAAGGCGAUUUUGUGGUCAUGGCGACUGACGGGCUAUGGGAAAUGCUCACGAACGAGGAAGUGGUCGGACUCGUCGGGCAGUGGCUCGAGGCCCAAGCAGACGCGAAAAAUGGGAAGAGUCAAUCCUGGUUGCGUAGUUGGUUUGGAGCGCAAGGAACGCUUCCGGUGGAGGUGCCCAAAUCUGAUGGUGACGGAAGUGGCCAGCGUGCUCCAAUCAGACAGGAGCAGUGGGGUGUCACGGCAUCGUGGGGAGAACGCUUCAUUGUCCAGGAUAAAAACGCGGCGACGCACCUAGUCAGGAACGCGCUAGGAGGUAAAGAUCAAGACACGCUUUGCGCACUGCUCACCCUGCCGAGUCCGUUCUCGCGGAGAUACAGGGACGAUCUCACCGUGGAGGUAAUUUUCUUCGGGGAAGAUGACAAGCCAGGCAAUGUCACAUUGAACCAAGAGGCGACGAACGUGACCAAUCCGAAGGCGAAGUUAUAA